CUCCCGCAUCCCUUCUCCGCAGCCGCAGCCUCCGCGCGCGUCCGGCCUGGGUGCAGGGCAGCCACCCCCAGCUCCGGCCCUACCCGGGCCCAGCCGCUCCCCCGCGCCCCGGCACGGCCCCUGCCCGCUGCACGCCCCUCCAGGCCCAGACUGCCCCCUGGCCUCGGGCCCUCUGUCCCUUUGGCCUGGAAAGCCACUCUCCCCGGCCCUGGCCCGCCAAUCCUAGACUAUCCCUCCCCCCGCAGCCGACAUUCAACCCCGGCUUCUAAGGAGCACCCUCACUCCCCCCACGAGUGCAGACCCUGCAGUGUCAGCCCCUGAUUCCACGCUAGCCUCAUCCUGACUCUUCACUUAGCCCUGGUUACCGGUUCUUGUCCCCUGCCUGGCCCUCUCAUAACCUUCCUCAUGCCCUCAGAACCAGCCCCUGACAACCUCUCCUCCCCUUCCUUAUAGAGAAGGGUCUAUCAGCUUCCAGAUCCCCUUCAGACACCCAGUCCCAGACCCGCUACCCUAAUUACAGCUCCAACAUGCCCUUCCCAGCUCCCUCUAUUAGGUGCCUGUUAAUACUCCAGUAUUGAUCUCCAUCUUUCAUUACAUCUCCCCACGGCCCCCUCUUACCCCAGCACCAGUUCCUAAGCCCCCUCUCUGACUCCCCCACCAGCACUUUCUGGCACCCCCUACUUCCAGCUCCCAUGUUCUCACCUCAGCCCCCCAACUUUCCCAUGGCCCUCUUCCUAGGCCCCCCAGUAGGAAACCUUAGCUAGUCCUUCAAGUAGCCUCCCCAACACUGUCCUGACCCCCUCCUAGCUCCCCAGCCAGCCCCCAGGUCCCCAGCUCCGCCCCAGGCCCCGCCCUUUCGAGUUCCUUGACUCAGGGCUGCUUCUCGCGUGCAUCCCCAGCUCCCGCCCCGCAGCAGCCCGGUGGUCAGUCCUGGGCCGGCGGCCCCCCACCAGCAGCCGCCGCCGGCCCCGCCCCCGGGCAUCAUGCUGCCCUCGCAGGAGGCCUCCAAGCUCUACCAUGAGCACUACAUGCGGAACUCGCGGGCCAUCGGCGUGCUGUGGGCCAUCUUCACCAUCUGCUUCGCCAUCAUCAACGUGGUGGUCUUCAUCCAGCCCUACUGGGUAGGAGACAGCGUGAGCACUCCCAAGCCUGGCUACUUCGGCCUCUUCCACUACUGCGUGGGCAGCGGGCUAGCGGGCCGCGAGCUCACCUGCCGGGGCUCUUUCACCGACUUCAGCACCAUCCCGUCCAGCGCCUUCAAGGCGGCCGCUUUCUUCGUGUUGCUUUCCAUGGUGCUGAUUCUCGGCUGCAUCACCUGCUUCGCUCUUUUCUUCUUCUGCAACACCGCCACUGUCUACAAGAUCUGCGCCUGGAUGCAGCUCUUGGCAGCCCUGUGCCUCGUCUUGGGAUGCAUGAUCUUCCCUGAUGGCUGGGACGCCGAGACCAUCCGGGACAUGUGCGGGACCAAGACAGGGAAGUACUCCCUCGGGGACUGUUCCGUGCGCUGGGCGUACAUUCUGGCCAUCAUCGGCAUCCUCAACGCGCUCAUCCUGUCUUUCCUCGCCUUCGUGCUGGGCAAUCGGCAGACUGACCUGCUACAGGAGGAGCUCAAACAGGAGAACAAAGAUUUUGUAGGCACUACAGUCAGUUCUGUCUUGCGGCCAGGAGGUGAUGUCUCUGGAUGGGGAGUCCUGCCAUGCCCUGUUGCUCACACCCAGGGACCCUGAACCCCAGGAUUGUAGCCCAGGAGUUGGCCCAACCUCAGCAUAUUCCGUCUGCUGCCCUCUCAUUCCUGUGGUCAAGCUCCAGACCCCAGUCUCUGACUGACUGCACACAACUCCAGGCUUUGAAGAGAGGUGGGGAUGGGGUGGCAGCCUGGCAGAAGGCAAAGGCCCUUGAGAUCCUGAGAGAGCCUGAUUCUGGCCCUGCCUCCAUUUGACCUAAGGGAGCCUGGGUCUCCCUCUCUGGUCCUUUGGUUUCCUUCUCCUGUGUAGACUAGCUGGAGGUCCCUGAGGAUCCCCAGGGGAAGGUAGCCUUACAGCGUGAGCUCUUCGGGCCCCUUCAGUCUGAAAGCCUGCCUGUGCGUUCUUGCCUCCCCAGUCCUGGUCUCCUAAGAGACUCCUUCAAGACACUGCCCCAGGAGGGCCAGACUUUUUCCUACUUUAUUUUUAUCUGCUGAUGAUGGUCCCACCACAUCUACUACAAAGCUCCAGGUGCCACCAGCCCCACCCACGGGGCCUCUUCUGACUCCCUCAUUCAAGCCUGCUCCCAGCUCUCAGAGGAACCUGAGCCGUGCUGAGGGAGAAAAGAAAGGGUCUUCCUUCCCACUGCUGGUAGUCCCUCAUCACCUCAGAGUCUGAGGGGAGACACAGGCUCUGGAGGCUGGGGGAGGAGACAGCUGAUCACAGCAGCUGGAGUUUGCCAGCUUCCCAGCCUGGGGCUGGCCCGGCCUCUUCUCUACUGGGAUAUCUCACCAGAGACUGGACCCUUGACUCUGGCCUGUUUUGUACAGCAUAGACUUCCCGGGCCCAUUGUCAGGGUUGGUGGCUAGGGAGAGGAGGCUCAUUGGUAGAGUUAAGGGAUACCUCUCGUCUCACGCUUCCUACACCUCGGACAUCUGCCAAGGGCAGAGACGGUCUUGCGUCUUUGAUACUUUUCUGCCUAACUUGAACUUGCAGGUCACCUCUGAACAGGGUACCCUUGUCCCCCACCCCAGGCCCUGUUACCCUGUCCCUGACGCUCUACUUGCCCACUUCUCCGCCUUGUGAUAUGCCCAGGGUCUGCAACCUCGUGGGCAGUGCUUGGAGCUGAGGUGUGUGUGUGUGUGUGUGUGUGUGUGUGUGUGUGUGUGUGUGUUAGGGAGGGGCAGAUGAGAAGAUCUCAAUUCUUUUCCCACUGUGGGGGCUACUCCCUCCCCCUUAGCAGAGGGAAAAUGAGGGAGAUUCCAGGUGUUUUUUUGACCAUCCUUGGUUACCUUAUAGAUCUGGUGGCAGAGCCAUCUAGUCAGGGACGAGCUUCCGUCCCUAGUGGAGGGGUGGCAGACUGGCUUCAUCUAGCAUAAUGUUUUCUAGGGUAUGACCUGCUGCCUGGUCCCUGUGUUGAGGAGUGUAUGCCCCCUAUGGGCUUCCCAGGAGGCUUAUCACUUCCGUGUGUCAUGUGGGCCUCAGCCAGAGUUGGAAGGGCGGCUAGUCCACAGAUUUGCUGUCCUUGUGUUCAUUUUUCUUAGGACUUCUUGGAGUGGAGAGUUAGGAUUCCUGAGCAAGACCCAAGGCUGCUGCAUCAGGACCCUAACUGGAAUCUGAUGCUGGUUCCUGGAAGGAUUCCUGACACCUAGAAAUUUUCUAGACCCCCAUCUCCACCUUUUCCCCUCAUUCCUCCAGGCUGGACACCUCCUCCCAAGCUUUGGUCACUGCCCUUGUGUUUCCCCACACUGGUCCCCACCUAGUCCCUUCCUGGAGCCACAGCACUGGAGCUGUCUUCAUCGGCAGGUGGCCAGGUGACUGACUGGGCAUGGACGGGGCUGGGGGCACUUGUGUGAAGGAGAAGGGAGGAGUCAGUCCCUCAGAUUCAAACCAGAGGAGAGAAGGUCCAGGUCAUGAGGAGAGGGGCCAGGAGUGGGUAACUGACUGGGAACUAGGCAAGUGGGAAGCAGGAGCAGAGCCAGGGAAGCAAAGAUGAGAUGGACAGUCAAUGGCGAAGGAGAGACAGUUGUGCCAAGUUCAAGGAGGGGUCUAGAGAGACACACACAGUGAUGGAGAAAGGGAAGCGAAGAACCAGAGCGGGGCUUCCACGGGGAGUGGGGGGCAGUGGAUGAAGAGGGACAGGAAGUGGGAGAUGGAGGUGUAAUUUGCAAUGAGCAAGAAUAAAAUGUAGAGAAGAGAGUGGGCAGGAGGAGAGGGAAGAAGAGAUGCUGGGGGUGUGGUGAGGAGGGCAGCCAUGUGGGUGCUUAAAGAGUCCGUGCCCCUGAAGACACCUGCUGCCCGAGAGGCCUGUGCUUUGGAGGACAGGCUAGAAUUGACCCCUUGGAGGCCAAGUGACUGGAGGUCUGUGGUCCAAGCAUCCCUGUUCCUUUGUGGAGGAGUGUGUGUGUGUGUGUGUGUGUGUGUGUGUGUGUGUGUGUGUGUGU